AUGUCAAACAAGAUGGUCAUUCAGCAGCCCAAUCAAUUUGUUCAGGCCAUCACCUCAAACCGAUGGAGCUCCAACAUCUGUGACUGCACCCAGGAUAUGUCUUCAUGUAAGUGUGUGUGUGUGUGUGUGUGUGUGUGUGUGUGUGUGUGUGUGUGUGUGUGUGUGUGUGUGUGUGUGUGUGUGUGUGUGUGUGUGUGUGUGUGUGUGUGUGUGUGUGUGUGUGUGUGUGUGUGUGUGUGUGUGUGUGUGUGUGUGUGUGUGUGUGUGUGUGUGUGUGUGUGUGUGUGUGUGUGUGUGUGUGUGUGUGUGUGUGUGUGUGUGUGUGUGUGUGUGUGUGUGUGUGUGUGUGCAUGAGUGCGUGCUUGCGCAUGUGUCUCCUGAGUGGCGCAGUGGUCUAAGGCACUGCAUCGCAGUGCUAACUAUGUCACUAGAGAUCCUGGUUCGAAUCCAGGCUCUGUCGCAGCUGGCCGCGACCGGGAGACUCAUGGGCGGCGCACAAUUGGCCCAGCGUCGUCCAGGGUAGGGGAGGGAAUGGCCGGCAGGGAUGUAGCUCAGUUGAUAGAGCAUGGCGUUUGCAACGCCAGGGUUGUGGGUUCAAUUCCCACGGGGGGCCAGUAUAAAAAAAUAAAAUAAUAAUUCACUAACUGUAAGUCGCUCUGGAUAAGAGCGUCUGCUAAAUGACUAAAAUGUAAAAUGUAAUGUUCGUGUGCGUCUGUUACCACUCAAUUCCAUUCAAUCGAUAAACUAUGCUUGUAUCAAUCAACGAAGAGAACAUCCUAUUCACUGGGAUUUCUUAUCCUUCUAUAGGUUGCUUUGCGUUCUGGUGCUUCCCCUGUUUUUCCUGUAUAACAGCGAGAGAGGCCGGGGAGUGUCUGUGUCUGCCCCUGCUAGACAGUUUCGGUGUUAUCCCCCCAGCCACCAUGUCCAUGAGGGUGGGCAUGCGCCAACGCUAUGGCAUCGAGGUAGGGACACACAGAACCUCAUGCACUAGAGUCUACACUGAAGCCUUGAUGUUUGCUUUAGAUUUUUUUUACUGACUUAGCUUGGCAUGUCUUAUGACUAGGGCCCUGAGUUGUUCCUGAUCACAUGAUCUGACCAGGAAACACUCUGGGCCUAAUAGUUAUAGGCGAUAUGUACAGGUAUAACUAUUGGUGUUGUGUCCAUAGAAAUUAGUUAUAUUUCCCAUUUCCUUUGAUACUGUUUGUGUGAACGUGUGUAAUGUCUCGUAGUAGUCUACAAAUAUCAGUCCCUCCAUCUCUCCAGUAAUUAAUGAUGUUUACCUCAUCUUAGCCACCUUCUAAUAUGAUCUCAGAAAUGUCCUAACCAGUUUUCUGUACCUUUAUACUAAGGGAGUAGCCUGGGUACCAGUCUAUCUGCGCUAACAUUCCACUCCUUGCCACUCCUAGUCAUGCCAAACAAGGAGUUGGAAUGAUAACACAAACAGAUCGGGGACCAGGCUACACGGGGAGUAAUACAUAAUGUUCUGAUGAUGUUAUAGCGCUGAACUCUGAUCAGAUAUUCUACCCCCUCUUUGUAAUUGAUUGAUGAAUGUAGCCAUUGUUAACUGAUCUUAGAUCAGUUGUAAUGUGUAAUGAUGUAUCUCUGUCUCCUCUCUAACAGGGCACCAUGUGUAAUGACUGUGUCUAUUCGUUCUUCUGCGGGCCCUGCACCUGGUGUCAAAUGUCACGAGAGAUGAAGACCCGCUUCCAACCCAUCACGCUCAUCAACGCACACACAAGAUAAGGAAAGACCUCACUCUUUCUCCUCCUCCUCUUCAUCACGCACCAUCAUCAUCAUCUCUCAUCAUCAUCAUAUGUCCCUCUUCUUCAUCAUCUACCUCUUCCACCUUCAUCAUGGUCACUAGAUUAAUCAUAAUCAACAUCAUCACCAUUAGACUCAUGUUAAUGGAAUACCAACAAUACCAAGCGUUAUCGCGGACUACACAUUCAAUCCUCCUUUGACUCUCCUAAAUCACCCACUGGCACCAAACCCGUCACCAUGGAACAUCCCUCAGGCACGUGUACUGUAUGUGACCCACCCAACACUGAUCUCCAAUCUGUUUCAAGCUCGUCUGGGUGUAGUAGAAUGUCUAUUCUUCAAUCUUUCACCAUGCUGUAUUGUCUCAGGUAGUUCACAUUCACAACUUCCCCCCUGUUGACAGCUAAAUACAGUAUGUUUGGUCUGUAAAGGCCCUUUGAUUGGUUUCGGAUGAGUGAAAGUUGAAUGAACAUGCAUGUAUAAAAACAUUUCCAAAACCCUUUUGAUAACUGGACCUUUGUAUUGCAGAAACGUACAAUUGUAUUACACGAGAUAAAUAGUUAUGAAAGAUUUCCAAAGAACAAAACAGACAUUCAUAUAUAUCCUAUGCAAAUCACACACAUGCAAAUAGUCAAUGUUCCCAUAAUUUAGUUCCUGAUCCGGAUGUAGGAAUCACAAACCUUGAUACAGGCAGAGUUGACCAUUUCAGGUGAGUGUAUAUAUAUUUUUUAAUAGUCACUAUUCAAGAAAAUAGGACUUAGAUUGAACAUUACCCACUACUAGAAUUAUACGCUGCCAUGAUUUGUGUUUGAUGGGGAGAUUUAUAUGAUUUAACAUCAGGUCAAAGGUGAAUAUCAUGAUAACGCACAGUAUAGAUUAUAGUUCGGAAAGAAAUAGUUCCAAACACUUUGAGGUUUUGCCGUUUAAAGAGUGCACAGAGUAGCCUAUUGGCUGCAAAGUGAUGACUGAAUGAUUUUGUAAGUGUUUGUAAGAUGUGAAUGAGAAAUAUUAUUCAAUAGGGACACCAUGGAGAAUGGUGUUAUUUCUAUCUGAAAAAGUAGAUGCUUUUCCCACUUUGAACCGGUUGGUUUCGCUAGACCUUAUUCAUGGUUUCCUCAUGCAUAAAGGUGGUAGACUUAUUAGGGAAUUAAGUCUCCUCCGCCACACCCUCAUUUAUUCGAUCUCCACCUAAAACGAAUAGCUGGUAAAUAGCACGCCAUUCUCAAGCUUAAGUUUAAGGUCAGAAUACGCAGAGAGAAAAGUGCAUCAAAAGGGAAGUACGUUCCAUUUAGGCGCCACUUAACUAGGGUCGGAAUCAUGGCCCUAGAACAAUAGAAGGAACUGCAGAGCCAUUAAAAAGCAAGUUGCAGCCAGGUGAAGCAUGUGGGGGUAUUUCAUAUUUUAUUUCAGCAAGUUGGCAUUGGGGACACAGAUAGAGCCAAAAGUUAAGAAAAAGUAACAGUCCAUUGUUGUUUGUUGUCGCUUUUUGUUCAGGCUCUUCCUCCUUAGUUGAGCGGCUGGCCAGUCACCAUGGCAACAAAUGUGAUAAUCAACAACAACCAACAGUCUCAGCCUCCUCAGCCCCAGACACCAGCUAUAAUAGCCGUCCACUCUAACCAGUGGAGCACUGGCAUCUGUGGCUGCUUCGACGACUUACAAGUCUGUGAGUCUGUCUGUCCAUUUGUUUGUCUAUUUAUUCAGUAUUCAGCAAAAAGUAGAAUUCAGAGUUCAGUUUACAUCUGUUUUUCAUAAUGUCUUAUUAAAACAUAGUUUAAAAAAUGUAUGUAUGUUGUAUUAAUGUAUGUUAUACAUUACAUUGUUCCGUUUUUACUUACACCGUGUUUGGCAUAUUUUGAGACAUCAACAUUUUGAGACAUCCAUACUCUUUAUACUCCAUGCAUACAAAAUAACUUAAGAAAAUAACAGUGCUACAAGCCACUAAUCAAGGUGAGUUAGAUACGUCUCCUAUCAGUGCUAACAUAUCUUUUCCCUGUCCUGCACUCUCUCACCCCAUCCUCAGGCUGUUUUGCCUACUGGUGCUUCCCCUGUUUCGCCUGCACUACCACCUCAGAGUUCGGAGAGUGUUUCUGUCUCCCUCUGCUGGACCACUUAUGGUUCCUUCACCCAGCUGGUAGGGGUGUCUUCCUGUACCCCUCCUGUGUCCAUGUCCAUGAGGGUGGCGGUGCGCAACCGCUAUGGGAUUCAGGUAGGUUAACAAAUGGAGAGUUGUACUGUCAGUCUGAACGCCUGAAUGAAGACACUAAAGGGAGAGUAUUAGACUAAGCCUAUGGACUUUGCGUAAGCGUGAGGCAGUGCAUACAACACAUACACAACACAACACAUGAGGGCUUAUGUGGGCUUGUGCCUAGUAAUACAAAUAAUAACAAUUUAUUCAACUUAUAUAGCGCAUUUCAAAGAAUCUCAAAGCACCCCAAAGCACAAAAAAAGUCAUUUAGAAAAACAACAUCAUCAGAUGGACAGUCAUCAGAAGGUUCAUGGCUUGAGUGGUCAUCUGAGGGAGGUGGUCAAGCAGGAGAGAAAGUCCGGAGGCAGACAGGUGUCUCGCUGACUCUGGCUUUUCCAUAGUAGAACUCAGUCAGAUGAAGUUUGAGCUUAGUUUAAACAGCCCAGUAGUCGAUGUAAUCUUACAGUAUUCCAGGUUUUGUACCUUUGCUGAUACCUUAUUGCAACUGUUUGUGACUAGAAACACUAUAUAGUACUUCUAAACAUCACGCCUACAAGAUCAAACGAUAAUGACUGUAUGAGAUUAUAGUAUUUAAGUCAUGUGUCACGUCUCUCUAAAGGGUGACAUGAUGGCGGACUGUGUGUACUCCACCUUCUGCAACAUCUGCUCCUGGUGCCAGAUGGCCCGGGAGAUCAAGAGACGCAGACAGACCUUCACAGUCAUCAACGCCCAGUCCGCCAUGCUGCCCGGUCAGAACAUGGUAAUGGCCUUCCAGCCGGGGGUCAUCACAUCUCAGCCUAUGAUCAACUCCACCCCUCAGGCAGUCUUGACCACUGCUCAUGUGAUGUGA